AUGGCUGCAAGAAAUUUGGAGAAGAUGGCUUCUAUUGAUGCUCAGCUCAGGCUUCUUGCUCCUGGCAAGGUUUCUAAAGACGACAAGCUUAUCGAGUACGAUGCUCUGUUACUGGAUCGAUUUCUCGAUAUUCUUUAG